UUUUUUCUUUAAAAUCUUAAAAAAAAAAAAAUGAAUAAAAACCAUUCCUAGCCAAACCAUAAAUCCUUAAAAUGCUUAAAAUUAGUAGGUCAAUACGUAAUAAACAUGGAAUAAAAAUUAGGCGAGGGUUCAUAUGGAACCGUAUAUAUGGCUACUCUCCAAACUGACCAAAGUAAGCAAUAUGCCGUAAAAGUUAUUUCAUCUUAAAUUUUUAAAUCAUCUCUUCAUAACUUUGAGAUGUUAAAAAAAGAAAUCGAAGUCCUAAAAAAGCUCCGUCAUGAAAACAUUGUAUGUUUACACGAAAUAUCCUAAUCAUCUAAUAAUUUAUAUUUAUUUCUCGACUAUUGUAAUGGUGGUGAUUUAUCUGAAUACAUUAAUUCAAAACUUAGCAAGCGUUUAUCAGAGUCUGAGUCGAUAGAGUUUUUUAAAUAAUUCGUAGAUGCAUAUUAAUAUCUAUACUCAUAAAAAAUAAUACAUAGAGAUGUUAAACCAGAAAACCUAAUGCUCCAUAAUGGAAAAUUGAAAUUAGCUGAUUUUGGUUUUGGUCGUUUUAUAGAAGGAGAAAUGGACCUUUGUUAAAGGAUGUCAAUAAAAUGUACGCCUAUUUAUGCUUCCCCUUAACUUCUUAAAAGAGUAGAUUAUUCUUCGAAAUGCGAUAUAUGGUCUUCCGCUUGUGUUUUUUAUAAAAUGCUUUAUGGAAAAUACCCUUUCACAGCAGCUAAUUAAUAAUAACUAUUAGAAAAUAUAGAGAGGAAAGUAAAUAAAUAGACUUUUUAAUUUCCACUAGAUCCUCCAAUAAGUGAAAAUGUGAAAUAGUUAAUUAUCCAAAUGUUAAAAUUCGAAGAAUCUGAAAGAAUUUCUUGGGAAGAACUUUUUAAGCAUCCUGUAUUAAUCCACAAUAAAAAAAUGAAUAUAUUAAAUUCCCUCGAUGAAAAUACAGAAAGAGAAGGAAAUCCUUUAUAUUAAAGUAUUAUUGAAAACCGAAACAAUGUAGAAGCCAACGAUACAGUUUUAAAAAAUUCUAAUAAUAAGACAAUAUAAUGCACAAAAUAAUAAAAGUGGAUAAAAUGA